UGUUGAUUAUUUUUGACGGGUGCUGCAACGACGUGCAAAGUUUUUCUAGAAUUAAUUUUAAUUUUAAAAAUUUGAAAUUGAACUAAGAAAAAAGUACUAUGGCCCCCAAACAAAGAAUGCGUCUUGCAAACGAAAAAGCUAGUAAAAACGUUGUAAAUAGAGGAAAUGUACCAAAAUCAUCUAGGCCGCAAGAUGAAAACUAUCCUGUUGGACCGUGGCUUUUAGCUCUAUUUAUUUUUGUUGUAUGUGGGUCUGCUGUUUUCCAAAUUAUCCAGUCCAUUCGAAUGGCAUAAACAUGGGCACAAUACUAAUAUUUAAGUGGUAUCUAAGUAAUGUAAAGUAAAAGAUAUUUUCUUGUUUUCUCAAUAAUUCAUUGUUAUUCUUAUAAUUUACUUCUGUUUUCCAUAAUAUAUUAUGUUAGAUAUU